AUGAAGAGCCCGGUGAAGACUCUCAUGCUGGCAGUUUAUGAGCAGCUGCUGGAGAUGCUGAACUCCUCUGACCCUCUUCAGCUGCUUCCAGGCAGUAAUAACAGCUCCUCGCUGACAGGGGGCGCUGCUGUGAAUCUGAACAAAGAGGACUUCUCCAGCGCGCUCACCAAGAACAUCGUGGCCAUGCUGGUGUGGCUCGUGCUCAGCGUCAUCAACGGCAGCAUGGUGCACACCUUCCUCAAACACAGACUCUUCUAUGAGAACCCGCGGUACAUCAUGUUUAUCUGCAUGGUGAUAAACGACGCUCUGCUGCUCAGCCUCGUUACAGCGCUGUACGUCGUCAGUUACAUCUUCAGGAAGAUCCACGCCUCCGUCUGCUGCUUCCUGAUAAUGACGGCGGUCCUCACCACCCGCUCCACGCCACUCAUCCUGGCCGGCAUGGCGUUGGAGCGUUACCUCUCCAUCUGCUUCCCUAUGCACUACAUCCACAUGUGCUCCGUCCCACGCACCUUCCUCCUCAUCUUCAUCAUCCUCAUCCUCACCGCCACGCCCCCCCUCACAGACCUGCUCAUCACCGUCGUCCACCAGCCUCUUUCCCUCUUCAACACCCCCAUCUUCUGCGACCACCCGCUGCUCUUCCGCCACCCGUCCAUCUACUAUAAGAACUGUGUGUUUGACGGGGUUUAUUUGUCCUUCGUGGCUCUGACUCUUCUCUACACCUACUGUAAGAUAAUGCUCGCGGCCCAGGCUGCUUCUACUGGUCUGGCCUCGGUGAACAGAGCGAGAAACACCGUGCUGCUCCAUGGACUGCAGUUGCUGCUGUGCAUGCUGGCCUUUGUAGUUCCUUCCCUUCAGGUGGCUCUCAUCUCUCUUUUCCCUCGCUUCAGUCUGGAGAUCCGCUACAUCUUCUUCCUGGUCGUCUACAUCAUCCCCCGUUUCCUGAGCCCCGUGAUCUACGGUUUUAGGGACGAGUAUUUCAGGAAGUACUGGACCCGGUACCUGUCCUGUCGGGGGAUAACUGUGUCAAGGCUCUGA